AUGGUACCUGAGUUUCUUUCCCUUUCCUUAUCUGCCACAAAUAUUUAUCUUUAUUUCUUUAUCUUUCUUCUUUACAACACACCCUCUUUUCUCUCUCCACUUUGUAUCCUCUCUCUUCUCUUUGCUCUUUAUAUUUACACACCCUCUUUUCUCUCACCCCUUUGCAUCCUCUCUCUUGUCUUUGCUCUUUAUAUUUACACACCCUCUUUUUUCUCUCCACUUUGUAUCCUCUCUCUACUCAUUGCUCUUUAUAUUUCCACACCCUCUUUUCUCUCUCCACUUUGUAUCCACUCUCUUCUCUUUGCUCUUUAUAUUUCCACACCCUCUUUUCUCUCUCCACUUUGUAUCCACUCUCUUCUCUUUGCUCUUUAUAUUUCCACACCCUCUUUUCUCUCACCCCUUUGCAUUCUCUCUCUUGUCUUUGCUCUUUAUAUUUCCACACUCUCUUUUCUCUCUUCACUUUGUAUCCUCUCUAUUCUCUUUGCUUUGUAUAUUUCCACACCCUCUUUUCUCUCUUCUCUUAACAUCCUCUCUCUUCUCUUUGCUCUUUAUAUUUCCACACCCUCUUUUCUCUCACCCCUUUGCAUCUUCUCUCUUCUCUUUGCUGCAUAUAUUUCUUUGUCAAAAAUACAGUGUGCUCCAAAACAGUGUAGAUACUCUGUUUCUUUUUAG